CUGGUUGACUCGAAGUUGGAACGGUGCUUUUGUUGUUUGAGGUGACGGGAGGUUGUGUGAUUGAUCGGGCCUUUUGAGUGAGUGAGGUUGGAUUACUGUCGAUGUGCUACUUUGGUGUCGGGAUUCCUGUCAUGGCUUUCUAUGCGCUCGCUUACAUUGGCGAAGCCGUUUCUUGAGCGAGGAAGACCCGCAGCUGUGAAUGGCGUUCUCGUUUUCGGCGUAUGCCGCUCCAGGCGCCGUUUCUACCCCUCGCCUUGUCGAGUCUGUGGCUCAGCAGGGGAAUGGAACACAGAGUGCGUUACCGAGUCGGUUAAGUUAUGGUCAAAACAUCGUGAAGUUCCCUGGUUUUGUCUGUGCUGCGUCUGUCAAUGAAGUUGGCGAGGGUUCAAGCAACGCGGCCCCCCCAAGGCGUGGCCGACCAAAAAGCACUAACUCGAGCACCACCACAAAAGCUGUGAGAAAAAAUGCAGAAGGGAAACGAGUGGUGGAUGGAACUGCCUCGGAUGAAUACGCUCACAUGAAGGAAACUGAGAACCAAAAUGGGAAACCGAAACCUGCUGUGCAUUUAUUUGAAUAUGAAGAUGGUCCCUGGCCAUGCUCUGUAUCCAUCGUGCCACAUCUACAUGACGUUGCAGAAGCAGUGGCUGAUUACAUUGCCCGAAUUUCUGAAGAAUCUAUCAAGGCGCGUGGAUAUUUUUCGAUCGUACUUUCUGGAGGUUCGCUUGUGAAGGCUUUGAGCGCAUUGGUUAAGGAGCCUCAUGCUUCCAAGUUGAAUUGGUCAAAAUGGUUUGUAUUUUGGGCCGAUGAGCGCAUGGUGCCGAUCUCGCACGCUGACAGCAAUUACAAUGAUGCGAAGCACGAGUUUUUGUCUAAGGUUCCAAUUCCGGAUGACAACCUAGUCACUAUUGAUGAUUGGGACGUCUGCAGCGCUGCAGCUAAUGGCUAUGAAGCUCGUCUCAAAGAAAUGGUGAAGAGGAAGAUUCUACACACCACCAAUGUGAAUCAUCAUAAAUUUCCUCGUUUUGAUCUUGUAUUGUUAGGUAUAGGACCAGAUGGUCACGUUGCCUCGUUAUUUCCCAACUCGUUGCAGCUUGCUGAGACAAAGAAGUGGGUGGUACCAAUCACCAAGAGUCCAAAGCCUCCAUCGCGGCGUAUCUCCCUAUCUCUCCCCUGCAUCAAUGGCGCAGCCCACGUGGCAAUUGUUGUUGUUGGAUCGAGCAAGGCAGAGGUGCUGCAACGAGUAUUUGAGAGGCCAGCAUUGCCGGGUGCUCUUCCAGCCCAACUCGUUCGACCUAGACAUGGAGAGUUGGCAUGGUUUGUGGAUAAGCAAGCAGCUGGAAGGCUUUCCAUUGAGCACUAUAACGACCCUAAAAAAUUCCCCUUCUUGGACUGGAGUUCAUUGAAAGAGGCGAAAGAGUCUACUGGUAACCAAAUUUGAGUGGUAGAGCCCUAAUCUCGUCGACUGCCCAAUUUUUGUCAAGAGCUGAGCGUGUAUUGUAGGCGGCGUGCAUUAUUCUCUUUUUGUUUUCGUAGAAGUAGAAUCCUUCUUGGAGCACGUUGAAAUCACUUCGAGUUGUUUUGAAAUCACUUUGAAACCGUUUGAAACCGUUUCAAAGCCACUGUCAAUCACAUCUGUCUCCUUUGAGCCAAUUCGCAGUAAUGGAUCUGAAAAUUAUCAGGUCUGGAACCGGUUUUUUUGUUGGAGUGUCUAAAUUUAGAAAUUCAAUUGCAUUCAGAAUGGCCUACAGACCAGAAGCCAAUUGAGGACGGGACCUCAUUGCAGACAAAAUUAGUUGAAGAAAUGAACCCAGUAGGAUAAGUGUAAUUAUUUUUCUGUUUUCUAAACAGGUUGGCUGAAGCACUCUGCUCACCUCCAUGAAUAGGAUACUUACCUUCAAAAGAAUAUGGUUAUGAAA